AAAAGGCAUUAGAAAGCAGCAAGGGGAGGUUUAAGUAUACAAGCGACCCUGGUUGUUUUGCAAUUCAGAUCAGUUAGGGCGAGGGAGAAAGAUGGAUACCGUUAUAUCGACUCCCUAUUCAGUGAGUUUAUCCCCAGCCGAUAUCACCUCGUCAUCUAGCAGUUCGAUCCUCAGUUCAUCGACAGACCACAUACAUCACAACAUCACUAGUCUCUCCGACAACAGCAUGCAGUCGGGACAGGUCAACGUGAUGUAUCAGAAAUUGGGCAACGAGUUCCUGCAGCCACAGGGCGGCAACGGGUUACCGCUCGCCCAUCACGGGGCGCAGUGGGUGACGGGAUUGAGCGCUCCGCCGCACGGCGACCCGACGAGUCACUGGGCAGGGGUCCCUGCCCAUCUUCUUGGCCACGGUCAGGAUAUCAAACCGAACUUGGGACAAACUCGAGACGAAAUAAAUGAAUUACAUCGAUCCAGCCAUUCACAUGUGCAGUCAGCGGCGACAUGGAACACGGGAAACGCUCACAUGGCAAUGCCGAUGUCGAUGACCAUGCCGAUGACGACGUCGAGCGGUGGGGGACCAUUAGGACACACGCCGACCAGCGCUCAUCCUAUGUAUACAUACGGUGCAAUGAACGGCAUGAUGAGUUGUGCUCAACAGUUUGGACAAAAUGGACCGAUGAGGGGUGUUCUUGGACCAGGCGGUGGUCAGUUAGCAAGUCACAAUGGUUCCGAAACGGUGAUCGAAGACGACGCGCCGUCGUCGGAUGAUCUCGAGCAGUUUGCCAAGACAUUCAAACAACGUCGCAUAAAGCUUGGCUACACGCAAGCCGAUGUUGGACUCGCCUUGGGUACCUUGUAUGGUAAUGUUUUUAGCCAAACGACAAUCUGUCGGUUCGAAGCCCUACAACUUAGCUUCAAAAACAUGUGUAAACUGAAGCCGCUUCUUGCAAAGUGGUUAGAAGAGGCAGAUUCAACUUCAGGCUCGCCGACAAGCCUUGAUAAGAUCGCUGCUCAAGGGAGAAAGAGAAAGAAGCGUACAAGUAUCGAAGUUACUAUCAAAGGAGCACUCGAAAAUGCAUUUCUAAAACAGCCAAAGCCGUCGGCACAAGAAAUAUCUUCUCUCGCUGAUGGACUCCAACUCGAGAAAGAGGUUGUGAGGGUUUGGUUUUGCAAUCGAAGGCAGAAGGAGAAAAGAAUGACACCGCCGCUGAAUGGAAUCGGACCUGGAGGUAUGCAAAGCGCCGAUUCACCACCAGCCGGUCAAGCAGCGACGGGAGACCACGUCCUCCCGCACUCGACGGCAUCGGGACUCCAUCACCACCACCACCCCGUGAUCACGAGUCUGUCGUCGCACGCGCACCACAUCGGCCCCGGAUCGUCGCCCAUCCACGGCCCUCCCGCCUCCGUGUCCCCGCCAGCCGUCCACUCCCCAAUCAGCUCAGCGUUGACGCCUCACAGUCAACACCAAGCCCAACCUGUGCAGUGACAGUUAACCCAUCGUUUCUCCCAUCCCGCCGACGAGUCCCUGAUUGAUGUGCGAGGAAGAGAGUUGAACGAGCGAGAGGCACGAUGGACGGCACCGAUAGUGACCCGGCAUCGCCCACCUGUUAACGCUCUAUCUGCGCUCAUUAUCGAUGCGACAUCACCUCAUCAUCCUACCGAACUGCCGUGAGCAUCGCCUAUAAGGUGAGGAUCGCUUACUAUUUUCAUUUAAAGCAUUCCAUUUUAUUCUAUGUAAAUAGUAAAAUAAACUCCAAUAACCAGACACUUACGCACCGAUGGAAUGCUUUGCUCUAAAGUGAAAAUAAUGAAGAUGUUGUUUAGAAAAAACAACCUUGUACGAACGAAUUGAACUCAGGAAUACACCCGUGAGAGUAAAAACCAGAAAGACACUGAGAAACUUGACGAAUUUUGUUUUCAAAAUGUUUCUGUUUUUAUGUCAUACCCUCAGACAUCGUUUCUGGGAACCAUCAAAGUUAUUUAUGUGAAUGUGUGCUCAUUUUUUUUUCAUGAAUAUGUGCAAAGCUGAAACUUCAUUGUUGAAAGAAAUUUUUAUUAUUUGUUACUUCACAACUCAUUCUUCAUUCAUGCAUGACUUCGUCAUGUCCUUACAAAAGAAAGAAAUAUAUUACCUGGGGUGCGUAAAACUUAAAUUACCAGAGCACUCUGGUAUUUUUAAAAGGAUCUGUCGUCUUUAAUUUUAUGUUAUCAGAAAAGAUUAUAAAUGUUAAAUCUACAUUGAGUUAACUUGCCACGUACUAAUCGCAAGAAUUUCACGGAUCAGCAUAGCAAAUAAAAGUGCCAAAGUUUGACAAAUAUUUCCCCCGAAACACCCCACUUCUUGCCUUUUGCAUCCCAUAUUCAUGCAAUCUGCUCUCCCCCUCGUCAAAUCGCAAAAAAAAUCUGAUUUCUUUUCACACAACAGGGGUAAGCGCAAAAAUCUGGCGAGUUCGAACAAACAGAAAUUAACGUUUCUUAUUUGACAGGCAGUUAUAAUGUGUGUGGCGUGUAUUGUGCGCUGUAUUCAAAUGGCGACAAAAAGCAAAUGUGCUCGACGUUGGAUCUUUUGUGAGGGAACUAACUGUUUGACUAACACACAUGAUCACUUCGAAAAAAGGUGGAAAAUGGCAAAAAUAAAGAGAGAGGGGGGAGGGAGCAAGCAAGCAAGCAGAGGAAGAAAAGAAAGAAAAAAAGGCCGGGGUGAAACACAAAAGGCAAGCGUGGUAUGAGCGCUGGCGUGUGCGGCCAAAAACAAUUAGCACUCUUGGAGCUAUUGUUGGGCCAAAGCAGUAAAAAUGUUGGCCCGUGAUUUUUCACUUUUUAAACUAUAAAAGCAGGUGGAAUCUAUUAUUUUUUUUGCAUUGAUUGUUGGUUAUAUUCACAUGUAGAAAGUAUGCAUGGCUUCAAGCCCUAAGAGCGAACACUGAUAUUUGUGAUAAUGUUUCAAUACUGAAGGAAACGACUAAAAUGCAUCGUAUGUGCGUCUGCCCUCUGUUCAGUGCAGGGCGUGUGUUUUCUCCUUUUUUUCCACGUAUUGUACAUUUAUGUAUUAUAGUCCACUUAAUUUUAUUUAUAUGCUGUGGAAAUCUUUUCUAUAUUCCCUCCAAAAAUUGGACGAAUACAGGGUAUAUGAAAUAUGACAUGGAAUUCUUCUGUUGCUGUAAAUGUGUAUAGUGUGCUCCUUACGGGAAGAGAGUAGGUAAAGGUUCGGUGCAAAAAGAAAAUUACAGAUAACGGAUGCCGUAGGAUAUUUUUAUUUUCUAACUUAUCAGUAUUAUAGUAAUAUAUUCACUCUUUUAUUAUUGCAUUAUUUAUUGUAUUACUUAUUCAUCAGGUUGAAGAAAGUCAUAAUCUUUUGAAAGUCCAUGCAAUCUACAUUCUCGUUGUUAAGUGACGUUAUUCUCAUUCCAGGAAUGAUCAAUUUUAUUUUAUCUCCAUUCAUGAAACUGACUUGUUAUCUGGAUUUUACGGUAAUGCGAAGCCAUCGGAGCCGCACGAAUUGUGCGUUUUCGUUUGAAAUACAUGUAUGAUUUUAAAACGUUGUAUAGCGUAAAUCUGUUCAUCUAAAUUCACGUUUUGAUAAUUUCUCUCCGAUAUUAUACACUAUUGCAAUACAAAUCGAGAUUUUUUGUAAGCAUAAUUAUAUAGUACGAAUCUUAACAAUAAGGAUGUCUUUAAUAUGAAAUCCAAUCUACAAGAGUACAAUUAACAUUUAUUAUUUGACAAAUAUGAUUAACCAUUUUUAAAAAUCAUAUUGAAUAGAGUAUAUUGUAUGAUUUCGAUUUGGAGUUCAUAGUAGUAAAUCUUUGAAAUUGAACAUGUGGAAUGAAGUAAAAACAGGAAACGUUUUUAACCCAGUUGAUAUUCUACCCCGAUUUUUAAUAUGAAUAAGUCCAUACAUGUAUUGUAGAGCAUGUUUUUUUUAUAUACUUGCUUAUUUAUGGAAGGAGAUUUUUAUGUCGAGUCUGAAAUGCAAUCAAACAUUAACUUUUUAUUUUGUUACCGUGUCAUUGCUAUAAAGAAAUAAACGACUAUUUCUAUUAUGAUUAAUAUACAAUUUCAAUGUCUACAUGAAUUUUAGCCGUUGAUUUUAUUUGACAUUAUGUAUUUAAAAAAGAGGAUUUGAACUGACAUAAUAAAAUGCUAUGU